UGCUGACCAACAGCCAGAUCCAAGAAAUGCAACCACAGGCAUUUUUCUCUUUGUCCUUCCUGGAGAAGCUGGAUCUCAGUUGGAACCAGUUAACAGCUCUACCUGUCGACUUCUCGACCAGUCUAUCUGCUCUCAGAGUGCUGCUACUGGAGCACAACAACUUACACCAUUUAUCUGGAAACAGCUUCGAGCAUCUGGACAACAUGGAGAAGCUGGACCUCAGCAGUAACCAGCUGGUGGAGGUUGGCUUCGGCGUGUUCAGGGGCCUCUCCAGGCUCAGGCAGCUCUACCUGCACAACAACAGACUGACUGUGGUGCAGCAGGGGAGCCUGGAUAUGCUGCCUGGACUAGAGGUGCUCCAGUUGAGCAACAACAACAUCUCGCAUAUCGACAACAAUGCUCUGGCCCCUCUCUACAGCCUGGCCGUCCUCGCUCUGGAUGGAAACAACCUGAAUCACCUCAAGUUUAAGACCUUCAUCUGCCUUCAUACAACGGCUACACACAUCCAGCUGUCAGGCAACCCGUGGAGCUGCGACUGCGAUCUGCACCGCGUCUUCAGCAAGAUCUUGCACGUUCGCCACCUCCACAUCGACGACUACCGCAACGUGACGUGCCAGGAUCCGCUGCAGCUGGCCGGGGCCUCGCUAGCCUGGGUGGACAGCCGGCUCUGCGUGGCGGAGACCGCCACCGUGCUCGUCAUCACCGGCACCGUGCUGGUCACUGUGGUGGCGGCCCUGGUGAUGGCGGAGAGGAACAGGAAGAAGAACAGGGGGAAGAACUGGGACACUGAGUCACAGAAUCAAACUAAUACCUAACAAUAUGGAGACCCUGUGAGACCGGAGGGUGAACUCCCAGGUUCCUCUAGUGACAAUGAGGCAAGAUGGCUGCCACAAACUGACAAUUACUUGAACAGACAAGUUCCCCUUUUCCUUUGCUAUUUAAACAGGCAACAGAGUAGAAGUCUGGAGGGCUUGAAGGACACUGGUUUGAGUUUUUGCUCAUGUUUUCACUUAAAAGUAUAAUGUCCACACCUUUAAAGCCCCUCCCCUGUGUGAUGAAUAUUCUUUUAAUGUUUUUCUGUUUAUUGAGAAAAUCGGUAAAUUCAAGAGAACAUUGAUGCUAUGCUUUGAUUUCAGUCUCC